AUGAUCCUAAUGUUACUGUUACUUGGGUGCCUUACCCUUAUAUAUUUAUAUACAACCCGGACUUACAGUUAUUGGACUAAAAGAAGUGUUAAACAUGAGCCACCAGUGCCUCUCUUCGGAAAUCAUCUUGGAAACUUAUUCGGCAUCAAAAGCCUCACAGAGGUGUAUACCGAAUUAUACUUCAAGUAUCCAGACGAGAAGGUAGUCGGUUACUACCGUGGUAUGGCGCCCGGGCUUCUAAUUCGUGACCUGGAUAUCGUAAGAAAUGUUUUGAACGUGGAGUUUUCUCACUUCUACCCAAGAGCUAUGGGCAGAGAUCCAGAUGUAGAGCCACUGUUUGGAAAUUUGUUUCACGUUGACGGAGACAGGUGGAAAUCAUUGCGACAACGCUUAACUCCAGCCUUUACGACAGCCAAAUUGAAAGCCAUGUUCCCUUUGAUUAUAAAGUGCGCUGAAAGACUACAGAUCGCUGGAAAACACAUUAAUGAUAAAGGCGGAGAGUUUGAUUGUCGCGACAUGAUGGCAAGAUUCACUACAGAUUUCAUCGGUGCCUGUGGUUUCGGAAUCGAAAUGAACAGUAUUAACAAUGAAAACUCAGCAUUCAGAGAGCUGGGGAAGAAAGCGCUACAUUUUUCUCUGCGACAUAUUUUUCUGCUUGGAAUUUGGGAGGUGUUCCCAGAAAUGAGAAAAGCUAUUCGCGUUUCCAGUACAGAGGUUGAGAAAGUGGUGACAAAUCUUGUGGAGACAAUUUUCAGGCAACGAAACUACAAACCAUGUGGACGGAACGAUUUUAUAGACCUCUUAUUGGAGUUGGCCCAGAAAGGUAAAAUAACGUGCGAAUCUAUUGAGAAAAGUGACGGUGAAGGAACUCCUAUACGUGUUGAAUUUGAAUUAGAAACAAUACACCUCAUAGCGCAAGUCUUUGUGUUUUUCAUAGCUGGGUUCGAAACCUCUUCGUCAGCUACCAGCUUCACUCUACAUCAACUAGCAUUCAAUCCUGAUAUUCAAACUGAAAUUCAGAAUGAGAUCGAUCAAGUUCUGGCAAAAUACGAUAACAAGUUGUGCUAUGACGCAAUUUCUGAACUGUCACAUCUCGAGAUGGCUUUCAAAGAGGCUAUGCGACUCUUUCCGUCUUUGGGAUUCCUGCAAAGGCAAUGUGCAAAACGAUAUACCAUACCUGAACUUGGAGUAACGAUAGAUCCCGGUGUAACAACAAUAAUUCCCAUACAAGCGAUACAGACAGAUGAGAAAUACUUCGAAAAUCCUCACGAGUUUAGACCGAAACGAUUCGGAGGAGAAUCUGGAAAACAAAUUAAUAAUUAUGCUUACUUACCUUUUGGAGAAGGACCUAGAGCGUGUAUAGGAGCACGUCUGGGUCACAUGCAGUCAUUAGCGGGGUUGGCAGCUAUUUUACAGAAGUUUACCGUCGAGCCAUCAGCGCAGACGCCUGUUAAACUACCAAUAAACCCUUGGAGUAAUACUAUUCAAGGUGUCAAGGGUGGCAUUCCGUUGAAACUAAGGCUACGAUAG